AUGGGAGAUGGUCCAAUUUCUGCACUAAUCAUCAAUGCUUAUGGAGAGGCACUUAAUGAUGAUGCGAAGCAGAACCCUCAGAAACAGAAAAAUGCAUAUUUGUCCGCCAAUAACUAUAUGAGAAGCACCAUACGCUGCUUGUCUUUGACACCGGUGCAACAAAAUGGACACACUUCAACUCAUUCAGGGGGACAUCAGAACAAACUCUCCAAUAUUAUCACAAGAAGGCAAUUGUUGAGACAGCAAAUAUAUUCACUGAAAACAAAACUCGUCCAAAUUCCUGAUUUUGAUGCCAAGAAGCCGAGAGGGCUUAAUGAAGCUUCAGCUAGAAUGAUAACAAAAAUACUUGCCAGCAACGAACUUACACUAGAAUAUGCUCAGACAAUGAAGUAUCUGAUUUGUCAUGAUACUACUAACUUCAAGCUGACUGAGAACAGAGAAUGUCCCCAACAAGCAAACAAUUCGUAA